AUGCAGCGUUGAUGUCUGGUUAAACGUUGACCAAAUCAGAGUAAAUCAGAGAAAGGGGGUGUGUUGCUGUCUACAGUGCAGAUCCUCCGCGAAGCUAAGAUGACCAAGCGCAAAGGAAAAAGUAGCAAUAAACAGGACGACAGUUUGCUGCUCUUGGAGACGCCAUCUGUAACACCACUGAGAGGAUUUAAAGAAUAUGCAGUCCCUGCCAUUGUUUUCUUUAUUUUCGCUGUCGGGGGAUCAUCAGCAGUCUGGUUCUGCAGCCAGCAGCAGCAAACCAUCGACAGGCUGUCAGAAACAGUCAGUGCAAUGCAAAUUAGGAUAACCAAGUUCCAACAACAGUUAGGGGUGGGUGAUGCACAGAUGGCCAAUGUGGGUGUUUUUGAAGAGCGUCUACGAGCACUGGAAGAGGCCUACACACAGGCCCAGAAAAAGGCAGAUGUUGCACUGGCCACCUCAGAAAAAAUCAAAUCCACUGAUCUUCAAAGCCAAUUCUGGUCUCUUCAGUCUGAGAUGAAUGCCAAACUUUCUGAACUCCAGCAGGAGUCUGUUUCCACUGCAACGUUAAAUGCAAUGGUCAAGAAUAAGACUGAAGAAAUUGAAACUCUGAAGCAGAAGCUUAAUUCUAUCCUUACUGAAAACUCUGAGGUAGCUGUUACCAUUUCUGGACUCACAGACACUGUUUUGGUCACCAAAACACAUCUCGACGAGCAGAUGUCCACUACAGAAGGUCUCAUAUCGGAGUUGGAAGAACAAAGAAUGGAAAUUUUAAGCCUGAAGGAAUCCUUUAUCAGCAACAAGAGGAUUCUUGACAGGAACAGACAGGAAGUUAUGGACAUCAAGGACCUACUGGAGAUGGAACAGGCAAGAAGAUCCCAAGUUCUUGAGGAUCAACUUAUGUCUGUCCGUAGGAGUCUGGAGGAACAUCAAAAAAGUAAUCAUUGCCUUCAUUCUCUCCUUGCUGCCCAACCUGAGAUCGUCCAGAGUCAGAUGUUAUCUGAAAGCCAGCUGUCCAGUUCAGAGGAAAAUAUUCCAGUAGAGGAGCAGCAAGUGGAGCAAGCAGAAACUCAGGAGGAAGUUCCAAUCAAGGAUGAAGGAGAAGAAGCAAAGGACCAAGCCAUUACUAAGGAGGAAGCAGUUAAGGAGUUUCAUGUUUAUGGGGAAGAACCUGUUGAAAGAGAAGCAGAUAAGAAUAAAAUACCAGAGGAAGCUGAAGUUAGAGAAGAUGUUUCUGAAGAGCAAGCCGUAACUGAGGAUGAUGAACAAGCUGAUGAGGUUCCAUUCCAUCAGGAUAUUGUUGAGGAGGAAGCAGUAACUCAACAGGAUGAAAUGCCCGAGGAGCUGCAGGUAUCUGACAAGGAAGUACCAGCUGAGGAGAUUCAGGUCCUCGGGGAAGAAGAACCUAUUGAUAAGCAGGAAGUAACUGAGGAGGAUGUGAUAACUGAGGUCAGUGAAAGAGAUGAUAUUGAGGAGCAAGAAGUAACUGAAGGGGAUGCGAAAUCUAAGGAAGUUCAGGUCAACAUUGGAGAUAUUAUUGAAGAGCAAGCAACUGAGGGGGAUGAAAUAACUGAGGAGAUUCCAGACCAAGAAAAAGAAGCUGUUCUUGCCAAAAAAGACUCAACUUCCAUGGAAGAAACAGGAACUGACACAAGUGUGACCCAGUCUGUCUCUGAAGUUAAGAUGCUUGAAGAUAUCAGUCAGGAGCAGAGGGUGCAGGAGCCACUAGAAGAAUCUGAGAAGCAGAAAAAAUUGGAAGAAAUUGAACAACAUGUGUAAGACUCUGAAGAAGAAGAACCAGCUGAGGAGAUUGUGUAAGAGUUAGAUGAAAAAUGCAUUACUGCCAAUGAAAGUUAAGUUCCUGAGAAGGAUAAUAGUUCAAAAUAAAAUACUUUUUCUGAGGACUUGAAUUGAUCCUGUUUCCCCAAUGAAUUAUGUAAUACACGGUAUUUCACAUUUGUUGAAAUGUU